UGCUCUUAGUUUCAAGUUGCGUGCAAUGAGUAGGCAGUGUCUGCGCGCUACUUGUAUGAUUGGUUAGCUGUCUCAUUGCACAACGACCUCCUCUUCCCCUUGGGUUCGUUAGGCCAAGUCUAGUUAUGUACCGGUGUUUGAGCUCCCUUCGGCGCGCAGCCCACUACCGUAAACAGCUUUCUGCGCUUGCUCUGCAGUCAUUGACGGUGAAACGGGGGAGGAUGGCCAGCUCAUACAGAAUUGAAUCUGAUACAUUUGGAGAACUCAAAGUUCCAAAUGAUAAAUAUUAUGGAGCCCAAACUGUUCGUUCAACAAUGAACUUCAAGAUUGGAGAUGUAACUGAAAGAAUGCCGGUACCUGUUAUUCGAGCUUUCGGUAUCUUGAAAAGUGCUGCUGCUGAGGUUAAUCAAGAUUAUGGCCUUGAUCCCAACAUCUCAAAUUUUAUCAUCAAAGCAGCUGAUGAGGUUUCAUCUGGCAAACUGGAUGAUCACUUUCCUCUGGUUGUCUGGCAAACUGGAUCAGGAACACAGACAAACAUGAAUGUAAAUGAAGUAAUAAGCAAUAGAGCCAUUGAGAUGAUGGGAGGUAAACUUGGAAGCAAAGACCCGGUGCACCCUAAUGAUCAUGUGAACAAAAGUCAAAGUUCAAAUGAUACAUUUCCUACAGCCAUGCAUAUUGCUGCUGCAAAAGAGGUUCACGAAGUGCUUUUACCUGGACUACAAAAGUUACAUGAUGCAUUGGAUGCAAAAUCAAAGGAGUUUGAGAAUAUCAUAAAAAUUGGUCGCACACACACACAAGACGCAGUGCCACUUACUCUUGGCCAGGAAUUUGGUGGUUAUGUUCAACAAAUAAAAUAUGGUGUUAGUAGGAUUAAAUCUGCAUUGCCAAGGGUCUAUGAAUUAGCAGCUGGCGGUACAGCAGUUGGAACAGGCUUAAACACCAGAAUUGGAUUUGCAGAGAAAGUUGCGGCUAAAGUGGCAGAACUAACAGGUCUGCCAUUUAUCACAGCACCUAAUAAAUUUGAAUCUCUUGCUGCUCAUGAUGCACUUGUUGAAUUAAGUGGUACUUUGAAUACAUUAGCAUGUAGCCUAAUGAAGAUUGCUAAUGACAUAAGGUUUCUGGGGUCUGGACCAAGAUCAGGUCUUGGAGAACUUAUCUUGCCUGAAAAUGAACCUGGGAGCAGCAUUAUGCCAGGAAAAGUAAAUCCGACUCAGUGUGAGGCUGUUACCAUGGUUGCAGCCCAGGUGAUGGGGAAUCAUGUGGCUAUAACAAUAGGAGGCAGCAAUGGCCACUUUGAAUUAAAUGUUUUCAAGCCCUUAAUUAUCAAAAAUGUGCUAAAUUCAGUCAGGCUACUGGGCGAUGCAGCUGUUUCAUUCUCGGAUAACUGCGUUGUGGGAAUACAAGCCAAUACAGAGAGAAUCAAUAAAUUAAUGAGCGAGUCUUUAAUGCUUGUUACCGCACUUAAUACUCAUAUAGGAUAUGAUAAAGCAGCAAAAAUUGCUAAAACUGCCCAUAAGGAAGGCACAACACUUAAAGAAGCUGCAAUUAAACUUGGAUUUCUUACAUCCGAUCAAUUUGACCAGUGGGUAAAGCCAGAAGAUAUGCUUGGACCCAAAUAACUUUGAAUUUGUUAUGCUAUCUUAAUAAAAUAAAUCAACUCUGUUA